GCGCGCGCUCUGGGUGUAUUGGGCGCUUCAUGGCCGUCGGCACUGCACUUGCCUACUCUUCCGCUCGGCCCUAGAAAGUUUCGUUUCUGCCCAGCGGUGGACCCACGAGCUUGUGCCACCAUGGAGUCUGACCAUCGCUGACUGGCAACCACACAGCACUGAAGUGAUAGCCUGCUGGGACCUACACAUCUAAGAGAAAAACCAUGGCUUCUAGCAGCACUGAGACCCAGCUCCAGAGGAUCAUCCGUGAUCUACAAGAUGCAGUGACAGAACUAAGCAAUGAAUUUAAGGAAGGUGGAGAACCGAUCACAGAUGACAGCACCAGCUUGCACAAGUUUUCUUACAAACUUGAGUAUCUUCUGCAAUUUGAUCAGAAGGAGAAGGCUAGCCUCCUGGGUGGCAAGAAAGACUACUGGGAUUACUUCUGUGCGUGCCUAGCCAAGGUGAAAGGAGCAAAUGAUGGGAUCCGGUUUGUCAGGUCCAUCUCUGAGCUCCGAACAUCUCUGGGAAAAGGGAGAGCCUUCAUUCGCUACUCUUUGGUGCACCAGAGGCUGGCAGACACCUUGCAGCAGUGCUUCAUGAACACUAAAGUGACCAGUGACUGGUAUUAUGCAAGAAGCCCCUUUCUGAAGCCGAAGCUGAGCUCUGACAUUGUGGGUCAACUGUAUGAGCUGACUGAGGUUCAGUUUGAUCUGGCAUCAAGAGGCUAUGACUUGGAUGCCUCCUGGCCAACGUUUGCCAGGAGGACACUAGCCACCAGCUCUUCUGCUUACGUGUGGAAACCCCCCAGCCGAAGCUCCAGCAUGAGUAGUUUAGUGAGCAACUACUUGCAGACUCAGGAGAUGGCCUCCAGUCUUGACCUGAAUAGUUCUCUAAACAAUGAAGCACUAGAAAGCUUCGAUGAGAUGCGGCUGGAACUGGACCAGUUGGAGGUUCGGGAGAAGCAGCUACAAGAGCAUGUACAGCAGCUAGACAGGGAGAACCAAGCACUUCGAAUGCUGAUCAGCAGACAAGGCGGGCAGCUUCAGGUAGAGAAGGAGAUGGGGUACCUUGCAGUCGAGGAUAGCAUUGGCCUCGUGAGCCUGGUGGCAGAGCUCCAGAAGCAGGGAGAAGUCACCCAGGCCACAGUGAAGAAGCUACAGACAUGUCUGCAGGCCCUGGAGCUAAAUGUAGACAAGAAAGAGAACAGCCAUUCAGCCUUGCAGCUUGAGAACAUGGCACAGGAGCUUGAUGCUGUGAGAAACUCCUUGGGUAGGAAGAACCAGCUUCUAGCCAGCCUUUCAGAAUGCCUGGCUAGGGCUGAGAAAAGGGAAACUCCAUCUCUGGACGCAAAGCCUCAUCAAGAGCCAGUUCCCACUGACCUGGCCCUGCAGUUCCAGGAGCUGAAGGGAAAACUUCAAGCCCUAGAAGGAGAGAACACCAAGGCCCAGGAUCUCAACAGGCAGCAGAGUGUCAAGCUCGAGCAGCUGGCCAAGGAACUGCAACUGAAGGAGGAGGCCCGGGCUAGCCUAGAACACUUAAUAAAGGAUAUGGUGCCACUUCAGGAAGAGCUAUCUGAAAAAAAGCAAGAGUCAGCUCAGCUCCGACGACAGCUUCAGGAAUCCCUGGCCCACUUGAGCUCUGUGGAGGAGGAGCUGGCCGAAGCCAGGCAGCAGGAAAAGCGGCAUCGAGAAGAAAAGCAGCUACUGGAGCAGGAGGCCAAGUCUCUGACGUGGCAGCUGCAGCUCCUAGAGACCCAACUAGGACAGGUGAAUCAGCGUGUAAGUGACCUGGAGGAGCAGAAGAAGCAGCUCAUGCAGGACAGAGACCAUCUCAGCCAGAAAGUAGGCACUCUAGAGCAGCUAGCUGAGGCGUGUGGGGCAAGUAAGAGCAAGGAGGCUGCGACUUCCUUGAGCUCUGUCCCACCGCAGGCUGGGGAGAUGCCAGAAAAGGGGCAGCAGUGCCUCCAGGAAGAACAGGUAAACAAUACCACAGUGCCAGGGGCAGACCAGGAGGUGUUGCAAAAGGUCAACCAGGAGCUACAGAAGGAGCUGCAGAAUAUGGCCGUGCGCAACCAGCUCCUAGAAGGCAAACUGCAGGCCUUGCAAACUGACUACAAGGCACUGCAGCAGCGAGAGGCAGCAAUCCAGGACUCUUUAGCCUCCCUGGAAGCUGAGCAGGCUAGCAUCCGGCACCUGGGAAACCAAAUGGAAGCAAGCCUUCUGGCUGUGAGGAAAGCCAAAGAGACCAUGAAGGCUCAGGUGGCAGAGAAGGAGGCUGCCCUGCAAAGUAAAGAGGGUGAGUGCCAGAGGCUGCAGGAAGAGGCAGAGCAGUGCAGGCUUCGAACAGAGGCCCAGGCCCAGGAGCUCAGAGCUCUUGAGAACCAGUGCCAACAGCAGAUUCAGCUGAUUGAGGUCCUCUCUGCAGAAAAAGGCCUACCCCAAGUCAACACAGACCAACUGGCCCUGUCUCAAGCACAGCUGGAAAUUCACCAGGGGGAAGCCCAGCGGUUACAGAAUGAGGUGGUGGACCUCCAGGCCAAACUCCAGGUGGCCCUAGGUGAUCGAGACAAGUUACAGAGCCAGCUGGGUGUGGCUGAGGCAGUUCUGAGGGAGCACAAGACCCUGGUGCAACAACUGAAAGAGCAGAAUGAAGCCCUCAACAGGGCCCAUGUUCAGGAGCUGCUGCAAUGCUCAGAGAGGGAGGGGAUACUGCAGGAGGAGAGUGUCUACAAGGCCCAGAAGCAAGAGCAAGAGCUUCGAGCCCUGCAGGCAGAGCUGUCACAGGUGAGGUGCAGCUCUGAGGGAGCCCACCUGGAGCAUGCAGAGCUACAGGACCAGCUGCACCGAGCCAACACAGACACGGCUGAGCUUGGCAUACAGGUCUGUGCACUGACAGCUGAGAAGGAUCGGAUGGAGGGGGCCCUGGUCAGCUUAGCCCAGGAGCUCCAGGACUCCAGAGAAGCAGCUCUACAGGAACGAAAGGGCUUGGAGCUCCAAGUGAUGCAACUUCAGCAAGAGAAGGAGAGCUUGCAGGAAAAGGUGAAGGCAGCUGAGGAGGCAGCCAGUUCAUUCUCUGGUCUGCAGGCACAGCUGGCCCAGGCUGAGCAGCUGGCCCAGAGUCUCCAAGAGGCUGCACACCAGGAACAAGAGGCCCUCAAGUUCCAGCUAAGUGCUGAGAUUAUGGACCACCAAAACAGAUUAAAGACAGCCAAGGAAGAGUGUGGGAGCCUCAGGGCCCAGCUAGAAGCACAAGGCCAGCAGCUGCAAAUGACUAAGGAGGCUGUGCAGGAACUGGAGAUCACCAAGGCGGCCCUGGAGGAGAAGCUGAAUUGCACCAGUAGCCACCUUGCAGAGUGCCAGGCCACUUCGCUGCACAAAGAUGAAGAAAUCACUAUGCUUCGAACCAGCCUGGAAAGAACACAGAAGGAACUUGAAAAGUCUACAUCAAAAAUCCAAGAAUAUUAUAACAAACUCUGCCAGGAGGUGACAAACAGGGAAAAAAAUGACCAGAAGAUGCUUGCAGACCUAGAUGACCUGAACAGAACCAAGAAAUACCUUGAGGAGCGGCUGAUAGAACUGCUCAGGGACAAAGAUGCUCUCUGGCAAAAGUCCGAUGCACUGGAAUUCCAGCAGAAGCUCAGUGCUGAAGAGAAAUGUCUUGGGGACAUAGAAGCCAACCACUGCCAUGACUGCAAGCGAGAGUUCAGCUGGAUAGUGCGGCGGCACCACUGCAGGAUAUGUGGCCGCACCUUCUGUUACUACUGCUGUAAUAACUACGCUGUUACUAAGCCCAGCGGCAAGAAGGAACGCUGCUGCCGAGCUUGCUUCCAGAAGUUUGGCGAAGGCUCUGGAUCCCCUGAUAGCAGUGGUUCAGGCACUAGCCAGGGAGAGUCCAGCCCCAUGGUGUCACCAGCUGAAGCAGGUCCCCAGUCCAUAGGAAGCCAAGGAAUAAACACAGUCUGCAGACCACCAGAUGAUGCUGUGUUUGACAUCAUCACCGAUGAAGAACUGUGUCAGAUCCAAGAAUCUGGCUCCUCCUUGCCUGAAACACCCACCGAAACUGAUUCAAUGGACCCAAAUAUGGCUGAACAGGACACCACAUCAAAUUCAUUAACCCCUGAAGAUUCUGAAGACAUACCCAUUGGGCAAGAUGCUGAAAUCUGCUUGCUGAAGUCAGGAGAGCUGAUGAUCAAAUUACCCCUCACAGUAGAGGAGAUCACCAGCUUUGGGGAGGGCAACAGGGAGCUGUUUGUGAGGUCCAGUACCUACAGCCUGAUCCCCAUCACAGUGGCUGAGCCCGGCCUUACCAUCAGCUGGGUCUUCUCUUCUGAUCCCAAGAGCAUCUCCUUCAGUGUGGUCUUCCAAGAGACAGAAGAUACACCAUUCGACCAGUGCAAGGUCCUCAUUCCCACCACCCGAUGCAAUUCCCACAAGGAGAGCAUCCGGGGCCAGCUGAAGGUCCGGACCCCCGGCAUCUACUUGUUCAUCUUUGACAACACCUUUUCCAGGUUUAUCUCCAAAAAAGUAUUUUACCACCUGACUGUUGACCGGCCCGUGAUCUACGAUGGAAGCGAUUUCCCAUAGCAGCAGUGCCUGAGCUUUAGUUAGCUCUUCAUCAUCACAGGAAACACUACUCCUCCUUGCCUGUCUCAGCACACAUGCGCAUCACACACACACACUUACCCACAAAAUUUUAAAUACUAAAAUAUUAGAAGCAAGGGAAAGAAAAUGAGCUGUGCCCAGCUCAGCAGUUCUGCAGCUUUGGCCGAGGCUGUGGGCUCCAUGCAGCCGUUACUCUCAGGUCCCAGAACUCCUAAGAACAAGAUUCAAGACUCCACUGUCUCUUCACCCAAGGGGACAUCAUCAGCCUCUCCUGGGGUCACAGCUGGUACAAAGCUGCUGUGUGGUAUUUUUCAGGCCAGAAGUGCUCUUGAUAGUGUAUCUACUCUCGGCAGCCAGGAUUGUAGGAUUAUAGGCCAGGCGCCACUGCCCUGGCCACUUUGUGAAAAACACUACAGGGCCAUCAUGUCAGAGAUGCCCCUAUCCCUUAAUUUCCCCAUAAAUAGGGGCUGCUUCUUCCACUCGGCAAUUUGGGGGAGGCUUGAGUUGUGCUGUUCUCCUGAGCCUUUGUCCUCAGGAGCUUUGCUCAGCAAGGCCACAGAUCUAAAUAACACCACACACACACACACACACACACACACACACAGGAACCAACCAGAGGUCUAGGAAAAACAACUAGUACAUGAAGGCUUCAGCUCUGCAUGUGAACAGCAGGAGUGCAAAGACAGACUAAGCUCUCUACAGUGCCACCAAAGCUUAUGUGUCAGCCUGUAACCCAUCUUUGAUUAUAAACUAGAGUUUCUGCCUCAGCUGCAGACAGUUGCUUACUAAUGAGCAGAGCCGGUGUAAGAACUACUUUCAAUACCUGGAACCUUUCUAUAAAAAGUCUUUGCUAAGAGGCUGCAUAGUGGAAGAACGGGGCAUAACUUCCGUUUGCCCUCCAUCUCCCAGUCCCUCUCUCCCCCAUUUGCCUACUUCCUGCUAGUCAGUUCACAUCUGACGCUGCAGACAGUUUGCUGUUUCCUUUCUAGGACCGGCAAAGAUAGCUUAGAUAGGUUCCUGGUCUCUGUGGCCCUUUGUUACUCCUACCCUCUUGCAAAUGGAUGCUGAAGCCAGCUUGUCCUCUAGACCAACAGUAUCCAGCACCAAAUGGGAUCUCCUUUUAAUUGUUUUGCUUUUCCAGGGUAUAUUGGAGACACUGGCCAAAUUUCUGGCCUUCUGCUGGUGUCAAUGCCACCAUCUUCAUCAAGAACCAUCAUUCACUUAGUUGCUGUGUUGUUAGUCUGGGAGGAGCCUGAGACCUUACAUUUGAGUCCAUCUUGAACUCUGUCACUCAUCAGGAGGCCCGUGUGGUUCUUGUAAAGCUCAGACCUGAGGUGAGAGGCUCCAGUGCUGACUGCACAGUUCUCCACUAGGUGUGUACCAACUCUGUUUUCAGUAGUAUAUCUUGUGCUAAAUGGCUUUGCAUCGUACAUGCUCCAGUUUGCUGAACACUGGGUUACUGGGAACAUUUGUCCCUGUGUAAGUGUGCCUUUCAUACAUAGCUUUAUUGUUUUAAGUAGUUCCCAAUCUUACUGAGGUUUAGUCACUGGAGUAAAUUUCUGAAAAAAUGCAAUUGGCAACUGAAGAAUCACUAAGGAAGAUGGUGGCCCAGCUGGACUUAAUUACACUAAAGAUCAUAAGGAAACGUCCUCGACAUCCUGGGGGAUCCGUCUCCUAAGGGCAGCCCCUCCUCUAAUGACUCAGCCUCUUCAUAACAGUCGUGUCAGUAGUGUUGCCUGUUCACCAGUACCACUGAAGAACUGUAGACUUCACCCAAGAAAUAAACUAGCCACCCAGACACAGGGGCGUGUGUCUGAGACAGUGGCCCUCCAUGUCUGGAUGGACUUUGAGAGUAUCGCUGACAGAUGCAUCCAGGACCCUAGCGAGUCCUAGACCAAGGGCAGGCAAAGGAAUUCUCAAACAGGAGUCUGGAACUGAAAAUCUCCAUGUGGUUUUGGAAGUAGAAAUGAAGAGCCAUAUAUAAAUAAAGAUGUUAUUUCUGAACAAUGUCAAUUGUCCCCCCAUCCCCCCCCCCCCCCCAGGUAAUCAGGUUACUCCUGGCCUAAAAAGAAGAAAAUCUUGUAGAUAUGGUUUGAUGUUCAUAGGGUUUUGUUUUUAAACUCAGACUUGGUGGUUCAACCUGUGAGAAUUCUUUAAACUGAGGACAAACAUUCUUGGCUCACAGGUUUUGGAAAAGGAGGUGGAGGAGAGAUCUCUUUGGAGAGACAUCUCUGACUCCUCAGAACCAAGGGGUGCAAUCAAAGAUUAUUGAGUGCUGCUCACACUUACAAAGGCAAACACUACUUGGUAGAAUCUUAGCACAAUUUCCUCCUCUACCUUAAUUCCUUCUAAGGAAACAGGAAAGUUGAUUCAUAAUUUCCUUUUCCCUCUCAAGCACUUUUUACAUUUCAGGAGACCUCUCUGAUCAGGGGGCAUUUUUUUUAGAGCCUUUUGAUGUGUGUUUAAUCUCAAUGUUCUGCUUUUGGUGACUGCAGUGACACUGAGCCUCCGUGGGAAGGCUUUACAGUUAAGAGUGCACUUUAAUGCAUUAGUCCUCACUUCCUGUGGCCUUAUAAGGUAAUGGGUCAGGGAGCCCGCUUCGUUCUUACCUGCCAAAGAGUUGUACAGAAACUCAUCAAACACCAGCACCUCAUCUGCACAAAAGGAUGAGACUUUGGUAUCCCUGGGUACUUCUUUAAUGGUGUGUGCUAUGCCAUUUGGAAAUGUUUUUUAACCUCAGGUUUUAAAUAAAGCAAACACUGUGGCAUUUGGAGUA